AUGCGCGGCUUCUGUCGGAGGCCCAAAAAAGUUUUCGUUCUAGUAUUUAUUGUCCUAUUUGUUGUAUGGUUAUUUGUAACAAUUAUUGAGUUCAGUUUUGGGCUCACUGUCACUACAGAUGAUCUCAUUGCAACUGGUAAAACUCUUCGUAAUGGUAGGCAGCUCAAGGCAUUUAUUACUUCUUCCUAUUACUAUCCGAUUUCUAAAAGUUUGGGUGACAAUGCAUUGGCUCUCGUUUUGAGCAUAAACCUUGUCAGGAAUCCAGCUAACCAAUUGGAACAUAUUUUGUCACCAGAUCCAUCGGAGCUAAUUAUAAUGGCUCAAAAUGCAUCGUCUAGCAUCAUAGUUAGCGCUCCUUACGUAAGGGUGACACCUCACGAAGUCUGUCAAGUAAUAACGAUUUUUGCAACAGUACAACUAAUAUCAAAUGUGAAAAGCAUCAGUAUGCUCGGGGAUAAUGGAAUGGCUGAGAUUCCAUUCGCAAUGCCUUCAUAUACGAAACGAGACGUUGUUGUUUGUACGUCUCCGUUGUUCGUUAGUGAGCAAUGGCAGAACUUUUUGUUAGCGGUUCAUAUUUAUAGAAAAUUCGGAGCUCAUAUGAAUCUAUAUCUGAUCAGUUCUGUUACUUCUUUCUACGAGCUAAUGAAAGAAUAUGAAAGAGAAGGAUACAUGACUGUGCAGCCUUGGGUGAAAGUUGACUUCCCUGGAGUUCCUAAAACCACCGCCGAUCCUUUCAAUCAGAUUGAAUUCCGCAAUCAAGCUGCUUCUCAAACCGAUUGUCUUCUACAGUUCAAGGAAUCUGCUAGAUUUGUAACUUUUCUAGACCUGGAUGAUGUUCUGAUACCCAAAAUAGCACCAACCUAUGCAGAAGAGUUUCAAAAAUUAAUGGAUGGAAAGAAGAAAUUGGCUUAUAUCUUCUACCAUAAAGAAAAUUAUGAUGCAGUGGUAGCGAGAGAUAGUUCCAGAUUCUCGCUAAAGAAAAUGUUCGGUAGUUUGGAAUGUAAACAUAAAAGAGAAACGGGAAAAAUUGUGGUGGAUCCUAGGAAUCUGAACUACACAUGGAUACAUUUUCCGCCGAUUCUCCCGAAUGGAUUAGAAAAAUACGAAGUUACAGAGAAUGUUAUUACUCAUUUGAAAACAAUCGUUUGGACUGAUGACCAGGAACAGAGUGGAAGGAUUCUUAUUGAACCAUUAUAUUUCGACAACUCCACUGCAAAAAUUAUCUCCAGCAAAGAUAUCCUAAGCAUUGAAAAGGACCUUCGAAGAAUGAUAAGAAAGCCUCGGAUCAGAAAAAUCUUCGCAAAACUUCCAAACAUUCAUUACUUCACAGAUCUUGUCGUCAAAUGUUACAACGAUCGAUAUUAUCGAUAUCAUUAUUCUGGAAGACUCGGAGAUAUCAAAUGCCCUGGUCCCCAGUUAUGCGGAUUUAUUCAACAUCCAAAAAUCAAAUGUACUCAUGUCACUGCCACACACAUUCCAAUGGAAACUUUGUAUCCGAUAACUUAUUAUUAUGCGACAGAUGCAUAUUUCACUAGUGAUAUUGGUUGUUAUGCUCAUUAG